AUGUUUUCUCAGAAAAAACCGUAUACUGCAGUCACUGCCACCAUCGAGCGCCUCACGAGCGAGUCAUAUGAGGAAGAUGACCUAAGUGGAAUCCCCGACCUUGUUGAAGUGAUUAAAUUACAGUCGACUGGACCGGCCGAGGCUGCUCGUGCCAUUCGAAAGAAGCUCAAGUAUGGAAGUGUGCAUCGGCAGCUGAGAGCUCUGGCACUGCUGGAUGGCCUGAUUCAAAAUGCAGGCGCUCGCUUCCAGCACGCCUUUGCAGACGAGCCACUUCUGGAACGUCUCCGCGUCUGCGGUACCUCGGACUUGUCGGACCCUGAUGUCAAGAAGAAGUGUCUGGAAUUGUUCCGCAACUGGACUCAAUACAAAAACACACCAGGCCUCGAACGUGUUGCCCGCUUGUACAAGGAACUUCCGCAGCGCAAGCAAGUAGUGACCCAGGCACGAUCCAAGGUGGUGCAGGAGACGGAAAACCCCUUUGACGAUGACGAAGAUGAUGAAAAGCCGGUUUCAGAACCGGCGCCUGCGGCGGGUCCUUCUUUGGCCACCAGCUCUACUCAAGCUUCAUCUUCGUCAGGCUUCCGUCCGAAUACAGAGACACAGCCGACUGGCCUUAUAGAGUCAUUCAGCUUCCUAUCCUCGACACAGGACAAGGACAAGAGCAAGAAGAAGAAGGACAAAGCCAGCAAGAAGGGUCGCAAGCCGUUUAAUCUGGAAGCCGAAAAAGGCUUGAUGAAGUCUACCAUUGCUGAUGCAUCUAUUGCGGCGAUCGACCUCAUGAACACACUACAGAGUAUCAACCGCGAGCAGGAGCGGAUAUCUGAGAACUCGACUGCUCUUCAGCGAUUUGAAGCCGCCAAACUUCUCCGGAGAAAAGUUCUUAGAUAUAUCUAUCUUGUAGACUCGGAGGAAUACCUCGGCAGUCUGCUGCACGCCAACGACGAACUUGUUACUGCACUUAUGACGUUCGAGCAGCUGGACCGCUCUAUCGACGCAGACAGUGACUCGGAUGAUGACCUGGCUGAGCAAGCCCAUCGAUACCGGAUGAUUGUCGAAAAAGGCAAAGAACCGGCAUCCCCAACCUCUGCAUCUGCCGUGCCUGAACUGGGAGGCUUGAGUAUUGAUAUUGAAAAGCCAAGCACGGCCCCAUCCGUACCAAAGCCACCCUCCCGUCCUCUAGCUCCCCCUAGGCCCUCGGCCAAGUCGAAACCACAGAUGCCGCUGUUCAUUGGCCAGCUUCCACCACCAAGAAGAGCACCAAGGGAUGACUCUGACGGUGGUGAGAGCUACGAGGAUGCAGAUGAUGACGAGAAUGACCCCUUUGCAGACCGGCAUGAGGUAGGGACCCCUGCGGUGGAAACGGAAGAACCAAGGUGGUGA